AAUGAGCAACUUAUAUGUGACAAUAAGACACCAUACACCAUCUUUGCGUGUAAAUCUGAUGGAUAAUGUAGAUUCCAAAUCUGGCAUUUCAUUAAGGCCACGUAGAUCGCAACAUGGUCAUCACAACUCUUCUGCAAAAACACCACAAAAAGCUACUGAAGAAGCCGAAACAAAAGAAAAGCGUUAUAGAAAAGGCCUAAUAUAUGCAGAUUUAUAUAAUAAAGAUGUUGAUACUAUACGGGAUGUGGGACAUACGCCAGGAAAGCAUGAUAGCAAAACCUCACAUAAAAAAGAUAAACCUUCAAACAUUAAACAUAAACCGAAACAUGAGAUUGACCCUAUUGAACUUCUUGGAUCUGCAUUAGUGACGUCCUUUUUUCAUGCUUUAACUAAUGAACAACCCAACCCUAUUGAUGUUGUCGCACCAGUCGCAGAGGACGGCACCACACAGGGAAUAAGCCUCUCGAAUAUACCAGGCACAGAUGAUGAUAUUGUUACAACACCUUCAAUGCAAGUAGAGGAAACGGAGCAGAUAGAUCCAAAUCGAUCACAUUUAGAUUCCAUCUAUUCCGAUGGGUCUUCCCCUAUCCAUAUAAAAGAUGCGCUUAAGGAUAAAUUGCAAGACGUGAAAGAAACUUGGAAAACUGUAGUAAAUAAGAUAACUGAAAGAUAUGUCAAUAUAGGGCAAAAAGUAUCUCCAACAAACGAACAAUCGAAUCCCACAGUUGAAAGCAUAGAUCUUAAUGAUAUAAAUACUGAAGAUGUCAAUGAGAACGUUGACACUAAUGAUGGUACAGUUGGCAACAAUGAAAGUGAGGUCGAUGGACCCGAAAAGGUGGAGCUUAAUAAAAUGAAUAUUAUAAAGUCGAAUGCAGUUGACUUAUAUAAAUCAGUAGCUUCAAAGUGUAAAGAUAUUAUCGAAGUAACGAAGGAAAAACGUGAAGAAUACAUAAAUGGUGAUUCCAUCCAACAUAUAAAUGAAUAUGCCAGAUCAUGUUGGUCUAGGUUGCCCUUUUACAGCUGCCGGACAACUAGGAAUACAGAAUAAAC